GUGAACAUCAGAGACACAGACAGAGACGUCUGGCAUCAUGGCUUCCACACUGGUGCUGCUGCUUCAGCUGCUCCUGGUCUCGAAAGCGUCUGCACAGAAUUUCUUUGGGGGAAGCUCGAUUUUCACCUACAAAGGAAAAACCGCUGACGGAUCAGUUAUUGUGAGCUUUCGCAGCAGGGCCACCUUCAGCAGCUGUCAGUCCCUCAGCUGGAGUUGUUCUGAGGGAAACUGUGGCUCUACCUUCACACCUCAGAGAGGAAUAAUCGACAGGAGCGCGAAAGCUCCACAAAACGGCAGUGAGUGGUGUGAAACUGAAACUGUCACCACAACCACCGUGAGGGAUCAACCUUUCCAGCUGAGGGCGUCUGGCUGCUGUUGGAGCUCAUCAUCUGGAUCCCAUGAUCCCUGGAGUCUACUGACACACGUGGAUCUGGGGACAAGAUCUGACACCAAUCAACCAAACACCUCACCAAAAGUUGCCGUUCUGCCUCUGCUUCGAGUUCCUCAGAACUGCCCACGGAGGUACCGUCUGAUUUCCUCUGAUCCUGACGGUGACAGGGUUCGAUGCAGGUAUGUCCAACACGGAGAGGACGGCCGUCAUCCAGGCUUCACCUUAGAUCAGGACUCCUGCACAUUAGACUAUCACUACGUCAACAGCACCAGACAAGAAAAAGAAUUUAAGCUGGUGGUGGAGGAUUUCCCAAAACAACAGAUCACUUUGACCUAUUUAGAUGGAUCCCAGUCAGUCAAGUAUCCACUGAGCCUGAGGAAAAAGAGAAACGCCCCAAUGGUAAUUACAACAGAAGCACCAACAACUACAACAGAAGCACCAACAACUACAACAGAAGCACCAACAACCACAACUACUACCACAACAGCACAAACUACCUCGAGAGAAAAACCAACCAGCAGUUUCAGUAAACUGCCUUUGCACUUCUUUGUACUUGUGGACGAUCCUGCUCCAUCGUGUGAGGAUGGAGACUACUUGCCAGAACUUGUGGACCCUACACCUGAGAAUGGAGCAGUCAUCCAAGCAGUGGUAGGCAGAGAGCUGGAGGUCAGAGUCAAAGCAAGAGCCUUAAACUCAGAAAUAAAUAACCUCAUCAUUAGUGGGCCACGCAAUAUCCAUAAGCACAAGACCACACAUGAGUUCAUCAUAAGGUGGACGCCAACCCCAGAUGAGGUUGAUGACCAGUACCCAGUCUGCUUUGCUGUGGAAUCUGUGGCCGGGUCUCACGUCUAUCAGUCGGAGAUGAGAUGUGUCCUGGUGGGUGUCAAAAAGAGAGAGAUUAAAACCAAUGUCAUCUGCAAAGAGUCCACAAUGAUAGUAGAGAUUGAUAAAGCUUCCUUGUCUGGAAUAAGUGAGGAUCAUCUGCAGCUCAGCGACUCCUCCAACACCCUGUGCAGCCUCCAGAGACACUCCAACCGCACUCACAUAGUUGGUGUCAUUCCCCUCAAUGCUUGUGGCACUAAGAUCGAGGAAGAUGAAGAACACCUCCUUUUCAAGAAUGAAAUUAUCACGGUGGACAACGUCAGAGAUGUGGUCACCAGGAAAGACCAUCUGGAGGUGAAGUUCUACUGUCAGUACCCCAAACGGGGCAACAUCACACUGAGCUUCACAGCACACAGGCCGGCCGUCACCGUGUGGGACAAAGGCCUUGGCACAUUCACCUACCACUUUGAGUUCUACUCUAGUGAACGGUUCAGGAAAAUGAUUGAUCCAAGUUUGUAUCCGCUGGAGUUUGAAACUGGGAGCAGGAUGUUUAUUGAGAUAGAGGCCAACACUUCAGCCCAAAACACUGAGCUGUUUGUGGAGUCCUGCAGAGCUGCACCUUAUGACAACCCGGACUCUCAGCCGACCUACUCCAUCAUUGAAAAUGGGUGUAACGUGGACCAAACUAUUCGAACCUAUCCCAGUGACAGGAGAGAAUUUAAGUUCAGCAUCGAGGCCUUUAAGUUCAUCGGCCUGCAGAACCAGGUUUAUAUCAGCUGCUCGGUUCUGAUGUGUGAAGCGGGGAACCACAACACCAGGUGUUCACAAGGAUGCAUCAGGUCCCAGGAGCCGCACCAUCACAGAAAGAGAGAGGCUGGUAUCCAAAGUGAAGCUCACUUCAUCUCCCAGGGUCCUUUGCGCUUCAAGAGAUCAGUGGAGCUCAGCAGACACACAGUGACCAACCUGAUUGUGAACCUGCUGUUAGUAGCUGGAUGUCUUCUUGCUGCUGUGGGUAUGAUCUGUGGGGUUGUCAUCUACAGAUCUAAGAUGACCGGCUUCAAAUACCAACCUUUGCCCACAUUUGAUUGAAACCAGGACAGCAGUGCAGCAUAAAAAUGUUGUAAUAAUCACAAAUCUUUUUGACUACUUUUGCUUUUCGAAAUUUGCCAAUGAAUCUUUUAAAGAUUUAAGUAAAGAAGUCUUACUAACAUAAUUAAAAGGAUUAAAGAUUAAAGUGAUUUUUCAGCUAAUAUAACAAAAUUAAAAUGAUGACCAGCUAGAAAUGUCCACGAUUGUUUUUAGUCUACUUUUGUGGAGUUCUGUGUCACGUUUACUUGUGUUGUAUAUAUUCAGGUGACUUAAAAUUAUGACCUUGCCUACAGUGCGUGUAUUAUAUAUUGUAUUUAUAGAGGUGUAUGUUGUUUUAUAAUUAUCACAAAAGAAAAGGAUUUGUUAUUUCUCAGAAUGCAUUAAACUUAAUAAAAUAAUAUUUUCUUUCAUAUA